AUGCGCAGCACCGUUGUGGUCAUUCUCGUGGUAGCGAUGGCUGUGAGCCUUCAGCUGAUACUCGCCCAGAACCUGCAGAACCCGGAGCGUGAGGUGGUGUCCGAGCUGGCGGCGCAGAUCCUGCGAGUGGCCCAGGGACCCUCGGCCUUCGCGGCGGGACCUCACAAGCGCAACUCCGAACUCAUCAACUCCCUCCUUGGACUCCCCAAGGUCAUGAACGACGCCGGGAAGAAAUGA